CGGGGCUCUGCUCGGUUCCAGGGGAUGGGGCAGCCGCUCCCUUGUGGGACUUUCUUGGCUGGCCCAGCCCUUCCUGGGGCAAAGUCCCGGGGACGAGGCCAGGGGCAGAGUGCACCCAGAGAGUCGGUCUGCUUGGGAGCCCAGUGGGGAGCAUCCCGGCCAAUGUAGGGGGGAGAGCGACUGGGCUCAGCAUGGCUGUGCCUGUCCCCCUCCCCCUCCUCCUGCUGGGGGUCUUCGCCAUCCCAGGGGGCUGUUCCCACCCAGGCCCGCACUCGCUGCGCUAUUUCUACACGGCGGUGUCGGAGGCCGGCCCGGGGCUGCCCCAGUUCACUGUGGUCGGGUACCUGGACGACCAGCUCUUCUUCCAUUUUGACAGCGAGGGGAAGGUGGCCCAGCCCCGCGCCCCCUGGAUCCAGGCCGAGGGGCCCGAGUACUGGGCCCGGCAGACCUGGAUCGCCAAGGGCUGGCAGGAGGCCUUCAACGGCAACGUCCGCAUCGCCAUGGAGCGCUACAACCAGAGCAGGGGCCUGCACACCUUCCAGUACACGUACGGGUGCCAGCUGCGGGCGGACGGCAGCGCGGGGGGCUUCCGGCAGUACGGCUACGACGGGCGGGAUUUCCUCUCCUACGACACCCGCACCCACACCUGGGUGGCACCCAGCAAGGAGGCCGAGAUCACCAAGGGGAAGAUGGAGGCCGACCGGCACCUGAGCCAGCAGCAGCGGGACUAUCUGGAGCGGAAAUGUGUCGAGUGGCUGCAGAAAUACCUGGGUUACGGGAAGGAGACGCUGCAGAGGAGAGAGCGCCCGGCCGUGCGGGUCACCGGCAGAGACGCCCCCGGCGGCCCCACCACCCUCUGGUGCCGGGCCCAUGGCUUCUACCCCCAGGACAUCACCCUGAUCUGGCUGCAAAACGGGGGGAGGAGAAAGCAGGAGAAGUGGCGAGGGGGCGUCCUGCCCAAUGGGGACGGGACCUACUAUGCCUGGGCCACGGUGAAGAUCGACCCCCAGGAGAGAGGCCUGUACCACUGCCACGUGGAGCACGAGAGCCUGGCCGAGCCGUUCGUCGCCGUGUGGGAGCCCCCGUCCCACUCGGCCCUGCUCCCUGCGCUGAUUGGGGCUGUCGCUGUCACUGCCCUGCUCACUGGAGGCGCAGUUGGGUUUGUUCUCUGGAGGAAGCGGUGCUCAGGGAAAACUGGAGCCAGAUACACUCCAGCUCAGGCUGGCAACCGGCACUCCAGCUCCUCUCUGGAAGCCAGCGACAAAGAAUCCAGCAAAGGAUCCAACAGGGCAGUGACUCUGGGUGUGACACCGGCUCACUAGGGUCGGCAGCCCCACGUGUGGGAGAGGCGAGUCGCCAUCCAGAAGCUCAGCAGCUCCUCCUCGUGGGUGUUCCUGCCCUGCCCAAC